GGAUCCGCCCCCUCACCUGCCCCUGGCCUAAGGAUAAGGCUGUUGUUUCUCCCACAGGAGUGCCCAGCCACUGACAAUAACUUCCUGGUUUUCAGUCGGGACAAAGUUGUGCGCGUAACGCACAAAUAUCCAAGCAGAAGAGUGCGGUUGAUCAUGGAGACCAGGUAUUCUCUGCUCCUGGUCGGAUGUCUGCUAUCUGUAUCCCUGGCCAGCGCAGCCCUAAGCCCUCCAGAGGGACCAAACCACCCAACCAUCUCACCUGCCACGACAGGGGUUUCAAACCCAGCCACGGCAACGCUGAACAGAACCUCCGCCGCCAAUGGAAUGCUCACAACAACAGCGGGUGCCACGCCUGCGAUCACGGGAGGAGGUGCUCCACCCAACGGCUCUGCUGGCACCUCCACAGCCCCCACGGCCAGCUCUGUAAGCACCCACACCCCAGGGCCUGCAGCCGAAGCCGGGGAGACCAACACCACAUCUACCCCUCCUACAGGCUCUCCUCCCACCACAGUGCCAACAACUCAAUCACCGGCUACGACUGUGAUUUUCAACACCACGUCCAAUCUGACAACGACUCAAUCACCGGCUACGACUGUGAUUUUCAACACCACGUCCAAUCUGACAACGACUCAAUCACCGGCUACGACUGUGAUUUUCAACACCACGUCCAAUCUGACAACGACUCAAUCACCGGCUACGACUGUGAUUUUCAACACCACGUCCAAUAUGCCGUCGACUCAAUCACCAGCUUCGAACGAGACUGUGAAUGCCACCUCAGCCUCACCCUCCCAUCCACCAAGUGAAGAUCCUCCCACCGCUAACACCACCUCGUGGGUGUCAACGACCAACACAGCGCUUAACGACACACGAGGAACAGGAGUGAGGCUGGAUGACUAUGAGAAGACCCUGACCGUGGUGUUCAGUGUGGUGCUGGGGGUGUCCAUCUUGGGGUUGGUGAUGUACCAGAUGACAAGAUGCCACCAGAGAAGAGUCCAGUACUCACAUCAGCCGCUCACUGAAAACACUGGUGACCUAUUCAUCUCAGAUGAAGACACGCUUGUCAUAUCAGGAGGACUCUAUGAGGGACACGUCUCUGAGCCAAUCACAACACAGCAAGACUUCCCUCCUGGCCCCUCCCAGCUAACACAGUUCCGCCUUGAGUUCUUAAAUGAUGGUUGAUCAUUACUGUCCUGUUCUUAGAGGAAAACAAUCCUUGCUUUCACCGUUUGAUUUUGAGUUAUGCAGGAUUUAACUGAUUUGUUAGUAUGACAAGUAUGAUCACAUUUGAUGUUGUUUUAUUUGACAAUAAAUACAAUAAUAUAAAUAA